AUGUUGUCAUCACGAUCCUACCUGGAACUGUCAUCAGAAGGGCAGGACAAGCCAGAAACAUCGAUAGACACCUCAUUGCCCACAGGAUUGAGUCCUGAGGCCAAAGAUGAACAAGAACGUUGCCUGAGAUCCCGAACGAGACAUGCAGUAUCUAAAGCACCGGGGAACCCCGACUUAAUGCCUGGGCUCAGGGACUCGGUUGCUCCGGAUCGUCCCGUGCGAAAAAGAGGCCGGCCGAGAUUGGAAAGAGCUAAAGACGCUACUGCGAUUGAGGAACGCCGUCUCCAGAUCCGACGGGCACAACGUACUUAUCGUCUCAAAAAGGAGGUCACCAUCCAGAAACUCAAAUCUCGUGUUGAUGUGCUAGAGCAGACCCUAGAGAACAUAUCAGACCUGCUAGGGGCUACUCAUCGAAAUGCAGACCUCCUAAGCGUCGACCAUCUCGCUCGCACACGAGAACUCAUCCUCGCCGAGAUAGACAAGACUCGAAUCACUGAUGAGAGUGACCUCCAACCCGAGCAGACUAAUACUCUGCCACAUGAUACAUUCGGGUAUCAAGUCUCACAAACUCGACACACAGCACGCCAGAAGCGCCAUGAGCUCUCUUCACACCGAGUAUCAAACCGCGCCCGAUCCCCCUCUCCACUAAUAAACCGCAUCCUCCCCACAACAACAAUCUACACAUAUAGCCAUCAAGAAUCUAGUCUCUCUCGCCGCCUCCAGAGGUUCUGUCUCGAGCACACCUACCGCUGGCUAACAGACCCGCACACCGAGCCCGCCCAACUCGGUCGCGUUUUCGGGCUGGUCCCCUGCAUCCACGAUAUGUCCGGCAUUAGACGCCAUUUCCGGCGCGUUCUGCAAUCCGAAAUCGGAAGCAAUCUAGAAUUCCAGAAAAUCCCCUUCUACACUCUCGGCGGCGCGGGAAAGCACUUCCCUCGCUUAACCGCAGACGGGCUCCCCAUCUAUCCGCCAAACACCCGUAGACCAAAAAAGAUUCUACGGCGAAUGGUGCGGAUUAUCCAGCGGGGCGGGAUUCAGGACUGGGAUGAGGAUUGGAGUGGGGACCGUGAGCCUCCGAUUCUUACUGUAGAUGGGUUGGUGGAUUAUGCGCAGGCGCAGAUGAGUGAGGAAGAGAGGAUCCGCGCGCUUGAUCUUGAUGGCGAGUGGUUUGAUUGUAAUGAUGUGCAGGGGUAUCUGCAGCAUCGUGGUCUUGUGCUUGAAGGCUCGUCGCUGAGACUCGGGGUUCCAGAGUCUUUGGUGGGUUCUUUGUAUGGAUCAUCGCCGGAUCGAUCGACUGUUUCGAGUUUAUAUGCUUCGCCCGAUGGAGCAACUCCUGUCACUGCCAUGGAAAGGAUGGAACUGGAUUCGCCGACCUCGGAUUGCUAUACCCUGGACGUUGAGUGUUUCUUUGAUCUCCUCUUAGCAAACCUCAGAAUUCUAGGCCGCGCACCAGGAUUCCGGGUUUGGGAUGUCGACGCCGCAUUACGAGCAGCCAUCUCCCGUCGCCCCUUUGUCUAG